AAAUCACCUACCUCGAUUGUCCUUUCCUCUCCAACUUAUCGUCUCGCAAGCAAACACCCGCCUCUUCCGCGUCUUAUCUGCUUGACCAUUUGGCACUCCUGCCAUUAAUCACAAGGAUUAUCCAUCGUUUGAUUCGCACGCAUCUCGCCGUAUAAAGCACCUCCACUAGUCACCAUAAUCUACAUCCAACCCGAGUUUGUUACUUCCAUCGAUCAAGCAAUCCGAAGAACUAAGAUAAGGAUGAGCGACCCUAGAGGGAACGUGCCCUUUGCGUGGGAGAACAAGCCCGGAAUCUCCAAGGCGACCACAAGUAGCGACCGGCGAAGAAUCGCCCCCGCCGUCGCCGCCAUCGAAGAUAGAAGGCGGUUCCCGACCAAGUUGCCGCUGCCCCCGUGUCCGACGGCGGACUGUGCAAGGGUUUCGAUGGCGCGGGAGAUGCAGAUUCCUCUCCCACCGUGCACUUUCCAGCCCCCGACGAGGAGCGGCUCAAAGAAGGGCUCGAAGAAGCAAGACGAUGAUCCGUUCCUCGCGGCUUACAUGGAGUGCACGAAGGGUACUAAGGCGGGGCAUCGUCACAAGUCGUCUAAGCACGUCGAUGGAGGCCUAGGGUUUGGGCUGAGGAAGCACAUGCUUGCUAACUUCUCAUGUCAGCAGUCGUGCAGCGUGAGGGAUGACAACCUGAUCAGAGUUUCUCAUUUUGAGCGAGAAAAAAGUUGAUGGGCUUCAGGAUGUGGAGGCUUCUCGAUCGGGCAGUGUUCUCACUCUAAAUUCGGAGAAGAUUGGAUGCGAAGCAUGUUUCGAAACACCUAACCAGAGUACAUACAAGAAGUUCCUCAAUCACGAUGAAAUAACGUGUUCUUUGUUUCUUA